CCUUUAGAUUACAUCCAUGAGUUCAAGUAAAAGAGUGGAUUUGAAGAUCAUUAUCAUUGGAGCUUUAGGUGUAGGGAAAACCUCUCUCCUCCACCAGUAUGUUCACAAGAAAUUUUAUGAAGACUACCGAACUACCCUUGGAGCCAGUAUCCUGACAAAAAUGGUGGCUGUGGACCAUACGCCACUAAAAUUGCAGAUUUGGGACACUGGAGGACAGGAACGAUUCAGGUCCAUGGUAUCCACAUUCUACAAAGGUUCGGAUGGAUGCAUGCUGGCCUUUGAUGUGACAGAUAUAGAUUCCUUUGAAUGUUUGGAUGACUGGAGAGAAGACUUUCUGCAGAAAGUGAUCCCUACAGAGCAAGGCUUCCCAAUGGUCGUAUUGGGGAAUAAAAUUGAUUUGCAGGACCGACAGGUGUCCAAAGAGACAGCUUCUUUGUGGUGCAAAGAAAAAGACAUUGCAUACUUUGAAGUUAGUGCCAAGAAUGACAUCAAUGUAGUGAAUGCCUUUGACACAUUGGCAAGACAAGCUCUAUCAAGGUACAAAGGGAUCAUUGAGAACUAUCUAACGGAUUCUAUAAAACUCACCCCCAAUGAUGAGCCCAAGAAAAAAUGCUGCUGAGAUGCCAUUUGGAGAGAUGAGACAUUUCCAUUCAAUCCAAAGGUUGCUGCAAGGGACAGAGAACAGGCACAACUGCAAACAACUCCCUUCUUGAGCCUUGUCCAUCACGGAUGGCGGAAUAACUGGACGAAUCUCAUCCCAUGAGCCAGAAAAAAAAUGAAAAAGACUACAGAUAAUUACUGGACAUGCAAAUCACCCUGAAGUCUCCAGAUAAUGCUAAAACAGCUGAAUCGCUUGGUGGACCUGCCCAUUACUGUUUCGUUCAAGCAUUUAUGAGUUGCCAUUUCAAAAUUCAAACUCAUUCAUCAAAAUACCUCUAUGACAUUACUUGAUUAAUUGGCUUGGUCUGAUUUUGCUUCUGUCUUCUACACUUAGUUACAUAAUGCAGAUUAUGCCACAGCAGAGAAUUCUGAAUAGCUUCUGGCACUUGACUGGAAUAUAAAGUAUAUUCUUGAAAAGUAGCCCAACUUGAGGUGGCAUAAAGGGAAGGCACAGUCCUCAAGUUUCUUCCCUUGCAAACAUAAUCCUUAGCUGCAUUUCGUGAUUUUGGUCCAGAGAUUCAACAAGUUAAUGUUUGUUCUCUAAAUGUACCAUGGCUGAAGUAAUGACACAAGCAGCUUGAAAUGUCUGGUAUCAGAUCAGACUGUUUUAAGUGUCAGAAAGGCGGAUUGCCAAAUUCCCAGAAUGCAACCCAAGCAAUUUGUGUUUGGGUUUGCAUUCUUCAGUUUAUAUUUUUAGAAAGUAAGGGCAGAUUUGCAAAUUCACUUAGCACAUCAAAGUCUGGAGAUUUUCCUAGGGAGUUCAACUGUGUUCCAUCUGGCAUGUUUCGGUUAGGGGGAUUUAUCAUGCAUGCACAGAAGCAGUCACAUCAGUGAGGGAUUUCCACAGUUGCUUUAAAUUACAUCACACUCGUUCAGUGUUACAAAAAUAAUAGAAAUUCACCUCAACACAAGUACUAGACAAAUAUGUGCAAUGGGAUGUUGAAUACUGAGGCUGAAACCCACAGAUUUGGAUGUGUGAAUGUCCUCAUUGCCCUAAAUGGGAGCAAUGCCUAUUUUAAAAGGGAAUUCUGCAAUGUACAGUAACAACAGACAAUACUAAGGGAACUUCUUAAAAAUGAUGUUAUAGAAUAGAAAAGAACGUGGGAUGAAAUCAACUUGAACCUGAAAGCAUGUAACAGAGGCCUCAGUCUAGAUCCCUUUCAUGUAAUGCUCAUGUUUAACAUUGUUUUAAGGUUUGGUAAAACACUAGAGAGAACAUAUUUUAUUAUUGGAAACUUAUAGAGAACUUAGACAAGGAAUUAACAAAGUUCAAAGGAAGAA